AUUUGGUCCACAACUGACUCCACGGCCUUCACUACCAAACGACUGCUUCACCGACACAUCCAGUCGUGUCUUCAGACUAAGGGUUAUCUCAGAAAUACGGAUCAAAUCCGGUGUAAACUCCAGAGAAUGCGGGCCAACACAAGCUUUACUCAAUCAACCACUUCUUCGCCUCCGCCACAGACGUCGAUCUCUGCCUCGAAGGCCACGACUUGUGAUCAUCUGAUAAGUGAUGGCAAAGAUAUGGCCGACAAUGACAGCCAAUCCUGUGAUAGCUUUACCACAAGUGAUGAGGACUCGGAGUACGACAUCGGAUACGAGAUUCAACUGACGGACAACGAGUCCGACGACUCACUCGACCAGUGCUUUAAAGCGCUGAUACGUGUGGCCAACGAUCCCACUCUAAGGCACUCGACUGAAGCCAUAGAGAAGACACCGCAACAGAUAGUCUUCGACGGUAUCUCUGAGGCGACAAAUGAACUGAAAGACAAUAUCGACGCCAUUAUCAGUGCUCCCAAAGAGCUGAAGAAGUCGUUCAAUAGAUUGGCCGAAGAGUUGACACGACUUACGGAUCAUAUCGUGACUGAAAUGGACGCCAACGACGACCAGUUGAACGACAAAUACAACAAAUUUAUGGCAAAUCCGAGUCAUUGGUCGCCAUCGGAGCCGAAGAUCGGGAAACUUGUUUUGCCGGACAUUAAUAAACAGUUUUGUGACAAUUGAUGCCAUUGUGUAGAAGAGACUCAACUCUUUGUGUCCAUUAUCUGUGAUUUAGUGCUAAAUUGUGUGCAAAACAAGACAUUCUGGAAGUGAUUAUUCAAAGCAUUUGUGACACUGUUUUUGGUGGCAAUGAUUGUUGUA